AUGGAAAAUUAUCAUGCCGGUGAAGGCAAAGCCGGCGGGCGCUCCGGCGUUAACUCUUCAUACAAAGAACGCGCCUCGCAUGGUGGUCGUACUGGAAAUUACCAGUCGCUGAAUGCCUCUGGCCGCGGACUGCCGAAUCGGUUAUCCUCCAACUCAAUUGGCGGGAUGUCUUCAAGGGAGCGAGACCGUGAUCGGGACCGUGAACGCGAUCGAGAUCGGGAAAGGGACCGCAAUGGACGCAAUCGUGUACAAUCGUGGUCUCGCGAACCAAGAGGAAGCUCAAGGGAACGACGAAAUAGUGGUGGCAAUCGCUCCUGUUUCGGUGCAUCAGGCAACCCCUCCCUCCGGAUGCGUGAGCGGAAUAACUUGCUUUUAAUGCACCGAACUGGAGCGCGGCAAAACGAUUUAUCACCAGCAGACACUGCCACUCGUAUCAUUGGCAUGAAUAUUAAGUACAUGAAGGACCCAGAGCAUCCUCAUCUCACCGACAAGCUGGCGAUGUUUCCAAGCGUUUUCCCAACCAAUGCCACCUUUCCAGAAGAAAAGUUUCGUUUUCAUGCGAUGCGCAAUGCGGCAUAUGUGAGUCCAUUGCCACGCGGAUUUAAUCAGCAAUGGCAUCAGCAAUAUUCUGCGUUUACUGAGAAAAAAAUAGCUAUUUUCGAUGAUUUGACAAGGGCUACACGCGCAAUCCAGCGUUUACGUGAUGAUGUAGAAGAACCUGUGACACAAUCUGGCGCCGAAAAUUCCGCUGUGGCAGCUGUAGAGCGUGCAUUCACGAGCUAUUUAAUUCGUCAUGUGCGACGGCUUGAUGAUCGCACAAGUCAUACGUGGAUGAAAGAGCUGGCUAGUGGCUCUCGUAGUGCGGCAGAGCUGACACAAGCCCAAGGUGUCCCCUUUAAGCAAUGGCGAGCAGUUCCUGGUGUCUCGAAGUGUCCACUUCUUGAAUUUGUAGUGCAGUAUCGGCCAGGGUAUGCGGAUGCCACGUGGUUUAUACGGAUCAAUGUCGUGUAUACAGAAAUGCGGGAGCUUCAGCGAGACAGCUCUCUUCGGACUGGAGACUGGUUUUUUAGUCCUCGGCGGAACCAACGCCGCAAUCAUGGAUGGACCGACAAGCUCGUGGAUUACUUGCAUACCGUGGCGCGCCAAGCGGCUUCUAAUACAAAUGCAGGAUCUGAAAACCGGGCAAUUGAAGGUCGAGCUACUAAACGAAUCGAAAAUGGUGUUUUUGAUUAUAGGACAGGCAGAGUAGCAACAUCAACUACGACGUUAAGCACACAGACACCGAGAUUGAGGCAUGGAGAAGCAGCAGUCUUGACAUAUGUUGGAAAUGGUGUCGAAAGUGAAAAUGCUCCUGGAGCUAAAGGAGAUAGCUCUCCUUUGUCCCAUUCGUGGCAUGAAAAAUGGUCAUACGUACUGAAGCUUUCGGAAUAUCAGUUCAAGGUGGGAUUAUUGGAUCGUGCACAUUACUUUGAUGGUUUGUUGUCGCUGAUGCAAAAAGCGCUAACACCACGAUCUCAACGCGGGUCGAAUGGUUCCACACAGAGUUUGGCCGUUUUGGCGCUUAGUUUCAAUGAGAUUAUGGAGCUGAUUUCAGUAGUGCAAAAGUUACUCCCAGAAAUUUUAUUGUCGGCAGAUUCUGUACUGCUGCUCGUAAAAACUAUAUUGCAGCAUCUACGCUAUCUGCUGCCUCCCGGUCGACCUGUGCCGCUCGAGACGUCAGGAAGUGCUCUCCAAGAAGAGCUUAUUGUAGCCUUAUGCCAGUUGCUGCGUGACGUCCUCCUGAACGGCAACGAUAUUCUUGUUCGUUUAAAUGAAAGUGCGCCUCCGUUAUGGCCAUUCUAUGUAUACACCGAACGAUUUUUUAAUCGUGAUGCUUAUGGUGCUGCAGCAAUUCAAGCCUGUAUUGAUCGCUGUCAGCGCAAAAGUAAGGAGAUCGCUGGGCGUAUGCUUCGCCUCCGACAGGCUUGUCCGUUGCAAAAUUCGGUCAUUGGAAAUCAUGUUCUUGCCGCUCCGAUGCGCAACGAGGCGCAAACUAUCCAGACACUUGACCGUUUCCAUCGUGUGAACUCAAUCUUAGACUUAAAUCGUGUAUAUUGCGAAGUGUUUAGUCCACUGCCCACUGUCAGCAUGACUGACAAAAAUACUUCCGCGGAGCUGCCCGUUGAUGUUACAGCACUCUUCUUGGUGUGCGAAUGGGCAGUGACAAAUCAGCGGCCAGCCGAAUACCGGUAUUUAUCCGCACUUGCUUUGAUUGAAAUGCAUAGCAGCACGCUACUAGCUUUUGGGAAAGAGAAAGGUCUGCUCUUUACCUCUGGACCUGAAGAGCACCAAGUGGUUCUACAAAGCGCUCUACAAAGAUUCUUGCUCCGGUACGAGCCUAAGGUUGUCACGGAGGUGACUCAGGUGAUCGAGCUUUUCUGUCUUCUGGUCCGGCGACGAUUGUUUUGUGUUGCUAGCUUUGUGAAUUUUGCAUCGUCUUACAUCGAAGCAGCAACUACUAUAGAAAACAGUCCGUCGCUCACAGUGGCCGCUGAUGCAGGGGGCAGCACUGGCGCUUUGAGGCGGAAAGAUUCAGCACAGAUUGUUCACACCGCGUACAAUAUCGAGUGUUCGCCGGGUCGAGGAUACAAAUCGAACGAUAUUCAUCUCCUCUCCUCGAGUGACCGGUUAAAACUGUACCUUUGGCAGCUUCCACGAAGUCCAUUCCCGUUGCCAACUUGCGUGCCGAUGCUGCCACAUGAUAGCUAUGAUAAUGAAUUAAAGUUGUUACGCUGGCUCGAAGUCAUGGAACUUCGUCGCGAACACCUAAAUCUUUCAAAAACACUUGAGCGAGCGCAAUCCCUUUGCAUUUACGUGUUUCACACACACGGCCAGGCGAAUGAUACGCCAAUGGUAAGCACACCUAUACCUGGUACUGCAAAUACUGGAAGUGUCAGCUCCGGGGAUAGUAAUCGAGUGGUAAAAGAAGUUGAGUAUCAGGGUAAAGUGGGUGAGUUGGUGUCAGCUGUCAAAACGAUGUGUGGCCACGACAAAGGACGGUUCACACUUUGGUUUUUGAAUAAAAUUUAUGAGGAGACAACAUUUUUCCGGUUCUCUGACUUUGGCAGUGUGGAGCAUGUGAUGCGACUUGUCUGCCUUAUUCUUGAAAUUGUCGACGUGUUGGCGCUUCUUGAGGUUCUUGUGCACUUUUUAAGGCGAUCCCCUUGCUUUUUAGUAAAAAACGUUGUGCUGGCGAUGAUUGAACGCCAUGAAGUGGCGUUCUGUGCCACGGAUCAAAUUCCAUUUCUGCUACAGUCGUUUGUGGACCGCUUUCAACGUAUUCCGAAAUACGCGGAUGACAAAGCUGGCAACGUGGCUCAAUUCUUUUGCAAAAUGUACUAUUCACACAUCAAGAAAAAAGAAAUUGCCAAGCUGGACUUGCCAUUUGCGCUUUUAAAACCGAUAGCAGAAACUGCGAGAAAAAAUCAAGAUGCUGCAGCCGCUGGGGGUACCAUGAACGGUACGAAUCCCAAUGCAAAUGGUACUGGAGCCAAUGGGAAUCACAAGAAAGAGUUGUCGCUUGAAGUGACGAAUCCUAUAGUACGCAUUCCACCUCCUCGAGAAGUUCUUCCUCCAGAGCUCAAGAGUGCACUUGCGAAGUCGUUUAAAGCCUUGCAAGCGCGCUCUUUUGAGGGGCCAAGCUCCGAUGGGAAGCAGACUCCCGCAACUCCAGGUGCUGGAAGCAGUACUCCUCUACAUAGUCCUAACAGAUUUAGCCUUGACGCAAAUCUAUCCGAGUCAGUGGCAUAUGUUGAACCCAGUUAUGCAAGCUUGUCUUGGCAAGAAGUUGUGGGCGAAGCAAAUUCUUCCGCUGAAGCAAAGUGCCGUGAUAGCGCCGUCGACUAUGCUGCCAACUCAAUCAAUAUGAGCAUGACUUCCUCUUCUGUAGGUUCAACAAAUGUGAAUGCUACGCGGGAGCGACGCACGCCUAACUACGUAUUUAUCUUUCGAGCGGUGUUGAGCGAAGCAAUGGACAAGUGGAUGGCAAACAUAUCGGCACGAAUCAAGUCGAAUUGCAAGCGACCCAUUUCGACUCCACACUAUUUGCAUCGUUGCGUGCGUCUAAUUCGAGAGGUUGUGGAGCAGCAUCCUGAUAACAGUGACGAAUUCCACGAAAAGUUUUCUAACACUUUGGUUGUAUGGCUUCAAAAAGAAGUGUUACCGGGUUUUGCUGGCAGCGAUACUCCCAAACGAUCGCGGAAUCCCUUUUUGAACGUUGACAACAGCAAAGAUGCUUUUAUGCUUAAUCAGAAAGGCCGUCUGGACCGUCUUCAGUACGGACUUAAAAGUUUUCUCGUGUCCUUGGUGGUGCAUAAAGUUUUAGACUUGUCUCAAGUCCUUCGUUUGGUGCUUGUGCCGCUCUUUCCUAGACUGCGCCGAGCUUCGCGUGAUCCACCGCCAAAUUUGCCGACGCAGCUGCUCGCGAUGGCGCUUGUCUUUCAGCUUUUUUCCGAGCCUCCGCAGAAUGUACUACUUGACUCUCAAAAAGUAGUCAUGUUUGAUGAGCCGUUGACAAAAUAUCAUCUACGUUUUUUGCGCUCCCAGGUUCCGGCCUGCUUAAUGUUCCCGUUAUGCUUCUUGCUGUGCCAGAUCUCAUACCAGAUGGAAGACAACUUUUUACUUCGCAAACGCGAAGAGCGUGGCGUGCUGGCCAGCGCCACCUUGUUUAACUUGACAUCUGACGGAAUUGUUCGUGAUACGAUCUUCCAAGAUACGAAAGAGGCCCGCGAAAAACACAUUCUACCAAUUUAUCACAAGAAGCAAUGGCACACCGCUGUAUUGCUCACGCACUUUUUUCGUCCCCCUUCAUCACCUGCAGAGGAUAACAAUGGACAGGUUCAAUUACUGAAAGUAGAUCAGAUUAUCGAUCAGAUGAAUGUAUGGACACUGCAUCGUGGGGGGUCCAUUUACCUUGAUUUGCAAAUGAGCCGACAACAGCAGAAAGUGAAGCGCUCGAAGCGUGGCUCACGGCCUCAACAGCCAGUAACCCCUCAGCAGUCGGUAUGUUUUAACAAACGUAAAGCACCGCAAUGCGAGCUAUCGACGCGCUCAACUAAGAGACCAGCUCUAGAUAGUUGUGAUGAAGCGGAUGUAGCAAUGGUGAAUGGCUCUACUGACGGCACAAUAUCUUCAAGCUCCCAAUCGGAUAUAGGGAUGGCAUUUGGUGGUAAUUUACUAACUAGUGAUAUUUUUGAUGGCGAAACCAAUGCAAACGAGAAAGAUUUGGAGCUUGAGCUUGGAUUUGACGAGUCAAGCAGUGCCACAGAGAUCUUAUCGAGUUUGAUCGUUCUGCGUACGCUGAAGCGCAGCUCAAGACCCCUCAUCGGGGUCGGAUCAAUCUUAUGUACUGCAACAUCAUCUGUUUUAGUGCCACAGACAACAUCGACGACAAUGACUGCGCUCUCGGCUUCGUCGCCACUUCUUACACCAAGGCCGGAUGGAACGCCACACCAUGCACACCAUGGAGAAAUGAACGAUGUUACGCAGCGCGGUGUUACCCCAGGUCCAAACGAUGGCGUGAGGAGAAAGGCACUCGCAAUGACUGCUGCGGCUGUAAGGAACUCAUUAGCUCCGUGUGAAAUUCAAAUGCUAGAAGCAGCGCGGGAGGCUCAGGAUGCUGCAGUCGCAUCUUUAUAUGCCGCAACAGUGUGUAGCAUAUCAAGACGCGCUAUGGGUUCUGUCAUUGCAAAGACUCUACAUAUUCUUGAAGAUGACGUUAAGCACACUCACCUGGAUAAGUUUGCACGAAAGUUGAACACGACAUCACUCCUGCAUCUUGUGGGCGGGAUCAUGUGCACACCUCCUGGUAACGCUUUUUUACCGCGCUACAUGAUGUCACUGGCUUCUCAACUUGAGUGGCUUUAUGAAGGCUGUACAAUCUGUGACAAGCAGAUGCAAACCAAGUCGGUUGAUUCUUGUUUUGACAAUAAUCUUUUUCAGCGUCGCCUUCGGUGCAAAUUGGCGGUGCGUCUUCAACUUGUCGGUAUAAUUGGGCCCAGCAAACAUGCUGUUUUGACCGUUUCUUACCGGGAUCGUAUUGUCAAAACGCUUUUUGCAUUACUCGGCACGACGGUUGUGUCCACGGGUCCGGGUCUCUCACUUUUUAGCUGGAUUUUAGACCUCAUUCCGAUUGUCAAUGCUUCUGUUCUCCACGACCGACAAUUUGAACUUGUGAAAGCUCUACAGCUUCCCUCUGAAUUGAAGCGGCGAGUUUGGUCAGUGUUACCGCGUCCCAUGAAAAUAUUCGAGGCAGCAAAUGUGUUUGUGGGCUGCAAUCCAACAUCAUUCCAUAAUUCUGCGGCCUCACAGAUGCUGAGGCCAGAGUUCGCACCGGUCGAUUCUUGGACUUUGCUAGAACAUGUGCCGCAGCUCCCUAGUGAAGCUCUGGUGCCAGCACUUCCCACUCCGAUUCCAAAAAAACCACGAAGAGUUUAUGGAUGCAUUUGA